AUGAAGAAAAUUAUUCUCGCUUUUGGCUCAACAGGCCUUGGCAAGACAACAAUGGCUCAUUUGCUUUGUGAAGCAAAUGUUAAGGGUUCAAGUGGUAUUGAAUCUGCAACUAAAAUAGCAGUAUAUUAUGAAACAGAUAAAUAUUUAUAUAUUGAUACUUGUGGAUUUGGUGAUUCAUCUGGUAAAACAGAUGAAGAAUUAUUUCAUGAUAUGAUGUGUUUAUUUCAAAGAUAUGGACAAAAUAAUAUCUUUAAUAUCAAUACAAUAUUAUGGUUUUGUUCUGAGAGUGAAAGAGAGACAAGUCACUUACAACGUGAGGCUAAUUUUAUUCAACGUCUUGUCGAAUAUACUGAUGAAUGUAACCCAAUAGAUUUAUGGAAAAGUGUCUUGAUUAUAACAAAGGGCAAUUUAAAUUUGCGCAAAUUAGUUGAUGGACCAAAAUCUGCUGCAAGGAAUGCUUGUUGGGCUUUUUCUAAUAAACAACAUUACGAAUUUAAUGAAGAUUCUUUCUUCGUUAAACACUUUCCAUGUUGGAUCUAUGACACUGAAGGUAUCACAGAAGAAAAUGCACGUUGGGUUAAAAUGGAUUCUAAAACUCGUUUCGAAUUUAAUUGUUAUCGUCAGGAUGAAAUAAAAUCAAAAGUUCAACAUUUGAUUUCAAAUUUUAGUCCAAUAACAAUACGCUUUAAACAAGGAAUAUGUAAAAAAUGCAAUGUAAUUGGGGAUCCAAGGCUUUUCAUCACACAAUGUCAUACCAAAUCAUUUUUUAAACAUUCUAUAAAAAUCGAAUAUUUUCAUCCUGAAGAAAUUGUUCAUUUUCAUUCGGGAAGUAAGUUUCUUGUUCAUGAACCUGAUGAAAACUCAAUAAAAAAGCUUUUUGAAAGUAUAUUCGAUGGCGAUCAAAUUGAGAUUCCUGUGUCUCAAGUUUCAAGUGAAAUAGCAGAAAAAAUUAUUGAAUCGUGCAAAUUAUUUAAUAAUCAAACAAAUGCAGCACCAGAGUUACAACCAGAAUUACAACCAUCAUUUAUGUCACAAAUAAUUUCACACGCACCUCAAGCAGCAUCAAAUUUAUUACAAACAGUAGCGCCAUUAGUGACGACAUUGGCCGUUCCCAGAAUGGCACCUAGUACUGUAACUUCUACUUAUCUUCUUUCAGGUCCUUCAGUAGCCUUCCUUGUCAUUUGCUCCGAAAGAAAUAAGUGUUGUUAUGAGGCAAAAAAUAUCUCAUGUAAAAGGUGUAAAAAAUUGAUUGAAGAAAUAAAUGAAAUAGGCUGUAUUGAAAAAUGUGAUAAUUGUAAAAAAGAAUGGAUAGAAACUGGUUGUGCAACUGGAUAUGGAUGUUGUAAACAAGAAGAGGGAAAGCUCGGAUGUCAAGCACAUGAAAGAUGCACAAUAUGUGAUGAAGCUGCGAUCGAAUUAAAUUCCCAAGGAUGUACGGAAUUUUGCGUGAAGUGCAAAGAAAUGUGGAAUAUUACACCAGGCUGUGAUUCCGCUUCCAAACACGAUGUGUUGAUAAUGGAUUGAAUUUCAUCUAUUUUUUAUGUUUUUUGAACAUACGUACAAAUGUACGAUAAUUUAAAAGUUUAUUACAAGAUAUACUUGUUUAUAUUACUUUUAUUAUAAUAUUUUUAUACAUUUAAAAAUAAAGUUAUAAUU